GGCACCGGGGGGCAGCGGGGACACGGGGGGGCGCGGGGACACCCGGGGGGGGCAGCGGGCACCGGGCAGCUCCCGGUGGGUGGCGGCGCUCGGUGCAGCCGGGCUCUUUAAGAGCGGCGUUGGGGCGGGCUCGUGCCCGCGCCCGGUGCCGGGGAGGGUGGGCGGGGGGUGCGGGGGCUUCAGCGGAGCACCGGGACCGGCACCGGCACCGGGCCCCCCCCGCCGCGCCGUGCCCGCGGCUCCCGGCUGUGUCAGGUGCCAUGGCCACCCCGUGAUGCCACCUGGCAGGGCUGUCCUGUGACCAGCCCCCAUCCCACCGCCCUCGGAGGUGACACCGGAGCACCCGAGGGGGGUGCACUUGGGGGCACAGGCAGGUCCCAGCACCAGCCCCGGGGCACAUGAGCCAUGGCCUGCCAGCGGAGCACCAAGCUGAACCUGCUGCGCCUCGCCGUGCUGCUCAUCGUGGCUUUGGCCGGCAUCAAGUUCCUCCUCCGCGACAGCUUGACCCUGGAGCUGCACAGGCACAUCCCCAAGGACAGCGGCUUCUGGGGGGACACGGGUGACACCAGCCAGGGCGCCGGCCCCCGGAGCCAGGCUCUGGAGCUCCCCGUGGCAAAGAUAACGGCCCCGAGGCAGGGCCCUGGGCAGCAGGGCCCCAAGGACAGCAGUGGCACCGAGAUGAGGCUGGUGCACCUCGACCUCAAGGGAGCUGCGCCCAAGGUCUCCUACCUGGAGCAGCUCUUCCCACUCCUGUCCCGGCUGGGUGCCAACGGGGUCCUGAUCGAGUAUGAGGACAUGUUCCCCUUCAAGGGCGAGCUAGAAGUCCUCAGGUCUCCGUAUGCUUACAGCGAGGAGGACAUCGACUGGAUCCAGCAGCUGGCGGAGCUCCACAAGCUGGAGGUGGUGCCCCUGGUGCAGACCUUUGGGCACGUGGAGUUCAUCCUCAAGCACGAGAAGUACCAGCACCUGCGGGAGGUCGAGCGCUUCCCCAACAGCUUCAACCCCCACGUCCCGGACACGCUGGCGCUGCUCAAGAGCCUCCUGUCGCAGGUGAUGGAGAAGCACAGGCGCUCCUCCUGGAUCCACAUCGGGGCGGACGAGGUCUUCCACCUCGGGGAGGGGAUGGACUCCAAGAGCUGGAUGAGCCACAACAGAGGGGACGUGGGCACCAUGUACCUGAAGCACAUCAAGCAGGUGCUGGGCUUCAUCGCCGCGCGGUACCAGGGGCUGCGGGCGCUCAUGUGGGACGACAUGCUGAGGAAGAUCAGCACGGGAGCCCUGCGGGAGUCUGGGAUAGCAAAGCAGGUCUCGCCUGUGGUGUGGUUCUACGCGCCCGACUUCGAGGUCGAGCAGAUUGGGCAGUUCCUGACCAAAUACGCAGAGAGCGGCUUCGAGGCCGUGUGGUUCGCCAGCGCCUUCAAGGGCACCACGGGCCCGGCGCAAACCUGGCCCCCGCUGAACCACCACGUGAGGAACCAGCUCAGCUGGCUGCGGGUGAUGCAGGCCAUGCCGCGCUUCGCCCCGCUGCGCUUCCAGGGCAUCGUCCUCACCGGCUGGCAGAGGUACGACCACUACUCGGUGCUCUGCGAGCUGCUGCCCGUCGGCAUCCCCUCCCUGGCUGCGUGCCUGCAAACCCUGGUGCACGGGGGCUUCAUGGAGGAGACGCGGAGGAAGGUCCUGGACGUGCUGGGCUUCCAGAGCCUGCAGCUGGAGCAGGGCACGUGUGAGGGAAGGGGAGCGUUCCCCGGCGUAGAAAUCUAUCACAUGGUGGAGCAGGUAAACGGCCACCUGAAGGAGAGCGUCCAGAAAGCCCUGGAGGAAGAGAGUGGCAUCAAGGGCUGGUUCAGCCCCUACCAUCGGAAGCACCAGUUUGGGAACCCCCGCAACAUGGAGAGCUUCGGCAGCAAGCUGCUCAAGCUCCACGAGGACUGGGAGAGCCUGGUCCGUGAGCUGCGUGCCCAGCUGGAGAGCAUCUACUUCCCCGACACGGUGGAGGAGUGGAUGGAGGAGAACGUCAACCCCUACCUGGACCAGCUGCGGGACCUGGUCCGGGACUACCGGGCCAUCAUCCGCCUCAACGCCCGCCCCAAGGCAUCCUAGGGGCUGUGCCCCCCCCCUCCCCGGCUCCAGCUGCCCCCCGGGACUGGGCUGCAGGAGCCCCGGUUGGGGGGUUUGGUUUGCUGGCUGCACCCCCCUCCUGCUCGAGGCAUGGCUGCUGGUUGUUUCCUACUGCACAGAGAGCUCCUGCGCGCCCCCCUCCCACAAUAAAGUAUUUUUGUA